AGACUGUGUUGACGGAUGCGUGAGAAGAAAUCACCGCCUCAGCGGGGCGUCUUGAAGCGCGCGCGAACUCGGGUGGGGACUAUGCACUCUGAAAUCAGGUUUAGGACCAUAAAUAUAUCGUAGCACAGCCCACUAACAGUUUUCCUGCUCGAAACGAUAAGGAAAUGUUUUUUAAAACUCUAAUCCUUAUGCAUGUGGCGUUUGAGACGGAGUAUUCCAGUUCGCAGAAGGUCUCCGUCUCUGGUUAUCCCCUUGGCUCGUUGGCGUGGACCGUGCUACUGCGCCUGCUCUCCAGCGACACCCGCCGUUGGCUAACGCUGGCUAAAGUACGCACGGUCGCCCAGGGAACCCUAGCUGCUGCAAGGUUCUGCUGAGUGCCGCUUGCAGCGGUCUCCCGAGGCGUCAACGCGCCACACUCCCGGGCGGCGUCCGGUACUCAGAACUUCCCGGAGAAGCUCUCGAGCCGCGCCCUCCCAUCCGAGUCGAUGCAACUAAGCUCCCCGAGGUGUCGACUGAUGGCCUGCGUGGUGGGGUGGGCAGGAUGAACUCGAGGAUAAAAGUAUCAGGAGGCUUGACGCAGCUUGCCCUGAGUAGCAAAUAGUUCUGGCCCACCCAUUAGCAAGAAGGCCAAACUGUGGUCCUGAGACGGGCCUGAGACUCAGAGCUGCGCCGGGAAGGACCGACUGUCUUUGGCUCUUUGCGCCUCUAGUCGCCAGUCGUCUUUUUGGGAGCCAUCGGAGGCGCGGCCGUCCCUGAACUUGCUUCCACUUUCUGUAGCGGCGUUGUCCGGGCGACACGGAGGCACAGGGAAUCUGCGGAAGUUAGACUCCUAUACCUGAGGUCUCAUCCUUGACUAAGUCUGUGCAUCACCAUGGCACUGUAUUUUGACCACCGAAUCAAAGCUCCAGAUGCAUCCAGCUCUCCCUCUCACAUCACCUGGCACCCCACCCACCCAUUCCUGGCAGUGGCAUCUGUAAGCCCAUCUUCUGGAGGCAACGUAGACAUCUACCUUGAACAAGGUGAGCCCGUGCCUGACACCCACAUUGAGAGGUCCUUCCAGGCCACUUCACUAUGCUGGCACCCAACAAGGCUUAUCCUGGCUAUUGGCUGGGAAACUGGAGAAGUAAUAAUGUUUAAUAAGCAGGACAAGGAGCAGCACACGGUGCCCCUGCCACAUACGACUGACAUUGCCAUCCUCAGUUGGAGUACCAGCGGGAGCUGCCUGGUAUCUGGAGACAAGCUCGGGGUCCUGCUCUUGUGGAGAUUGGACCAGCGAGGCCGAGUACAGGGGACACCACUCCUGAAACACGAAUACGGGAAACCGCUCACCCAUUGCAUCUUCCGGCUCCCCCCUCCUGGGGAGGAUCUGGUUCAGUUGGCAAAGGCAGCAGUAAGUGGGGAUGAGAAAGCCCUGGACAUGUUUAACUGGAGAAAAAGCAGCUUUGGAAGUUUCCUGAAGACGGGGUCUCAAGAGGGGCUGUCUUUCUUUGUCAGUCUCAUGGAUGGGACAGUGCACUAUGUGGAUGAAAAGGGCAAGACUGCUCAGGUGGCAUCCACGGACAGCUCUAUCCAGACCCUGUUCUACAUUGAGAAGAGAGAGGCACUGGUUGUGGUCACACAGAACCUUCUCCUGUCUCUGUAUGUGGUGAAUCCUGAGGGGGAAGCUGAAGAAGUCAUGAAGGUAAAGUUGAGUGGGAAGACAGGCCGCCGGGCAGAUAUCACUCUGAUAGAGGGCAGUCUUCUUGUGACAGCUAUUGGGGAACCUGUGCUCAGGUUCUGGGACUUAGAACGGGGAGAGAAUUACAUACUGAGUCUACAGGAGAAGUUUGGCUUUGAAAAGGGAGAGAAUAUAAACUCUGUGUGUUACUGUAAAGCCAAAGGUCUCCUGGCAGCUGGUACCCAUAAAGGACGAGUAGCCAUGUGGAAGAAAGUGCCAGUGUCCCCAAGUGGCCGUGGGGCGGAGGGCAAGGAUAUGUGGGCCCUUCAGACACCUACUGAGCUUGAAGGAAACAUCACACAGAUAAAGUGGGGCUCCAGGAAGAACCUGCUGGCGGUGAGCACCUCUGACUCCGUGUCCAUCCUCAGUGAGCAAGCCAUGUCGUCACACUUCCACCAGCAAGUGGCUGCCGUGCAGAUCUCCCCGAGCCUAGUCAACGUGUCUUUCCUGUCCACGGGGAGCACGCACAGCCUGCGCACCGACAUGCACAUCAGUGGAGUGUUUGCCACCAAGGAUGCUGUUGCUGUCUGGAAUGGAAAACAGGUGGCGAUCUUUGAACCUUCAGGGUCCACCUUACGCAAUGCAGGGACAUUCCUGUGUGAAACAUCGGUGCUAGCCAUGCACGAGGAAAGCAUUUACACUGUAGAGCCAAACCGACUCCAAGUCCGCACCUGGCAGGGCACUGUCAAACAACUUCUGCUGUUCUCUGAGACCGAGGGGAGCCCCUGCUUCCUAGAUGUCUGUGGGACUUUCCUGGUUGCAGGGACAGAUUUAGCUCACUUUAAAAGUUUUGAUCUUUCCAGAAGGGAAGCAAAAGUGCACUGCAGCUGCAAGAACCUGGCCCAGAUGAUCCCCGACGUGGGGAGCAUCACUUCACUGAGAUGCAAUGCCAAUGGGAACAAGAUCAGUAUCCUCCUUAGCAAGGUUGACAACAGUCCUGAUUCCAAAAUCUACGUCUAUGACGUUGAAAUGGACACAGUGAAUGUCUUCAACUUCAAGACUGGACACAUUGGACAGAUACAGACUCUGCCCUUUAAUGAGCCUCCGACCAAUGAGGCCCACUUCUUUAUGAAUGAGAGCCUAGCAAGUUACGUUCCUGUGAACCAUUUCUGGGAUCAGAGUGAACCCAGGCUCUUUGUGUGCGAGGCCUUGCAGGAGGCACCUGGAGCCCAGCCACAGGCUAUAGACAAGCAGCCCCACAUGGAGGAAGGCACGUGCCACAAGGAAGAAGUAUUAAUUCUCUCAUUCUUCGCUUCUGAAGAGCAUGGCUUCCUGCUUCAUGACAGCUUCCCCCGGCCUUCAACCUACCAGAGCCUUCUGGGCCUGGAAGUGCCUCACUAUUACUUCACAAAAAAGCCUGGAGAAGCAGACAAAGAAGACAAGAUGGAUUCUGGGCACUACCACAUCCCUCAGAUGGUAGCCAAGAAGCCCCUACGAGACUUUGUGGGGCUGGAGGACUGUGACAAGCCUACUCGGGAUGCCAUGCUCAACUUCAGCUUCUUUGUCACCAUUGGAGACAUGGAUGAAGCUUUCAAAUCUAUCAAACUCAUCAAGAGGUUUUUGCAAGUAAGUCAAAGCAGGCCUGGAAGACUGGAGGCACAACUCUUGCCAGGUUUGAAAGACUGCUUUUCAGAAUUGGCUCAUAACAGAUGUCAUCAACACAAACACAGGAACUGAACACAGAAAGGCACAGCCUUCCAGGAUCCCUGAAGAAGAACCUGCUUCCAGGGUUACUGUUGGACUGUCCUCCUCUGAGGGCAGGGAAGGGAUGGAGGCCGGCCCUCUCCUCACAGGCUAGGCAGCCUCUUUUGUGUGAGCCAGCAAGAAAGGCCCCACUUACAGAGACCUGAAGACCUGUCCAGGGUGGGGUGGGGCAGGGCGGGGCGGGGCAGGCCGCCUCACCUCAGAGGGCUCUUAGACUAGAAGGUGACUUCAAACCAUCACUGCCAAUACUGGCAGCUCUGUGGUUUGACCUAAAUGUUCGUUGAAUGCAAUAACAAUUUACAAAAUAGCUUGAAGCUCUCAGGCUUGGUGUCUGCCUUUCCUCUCAUCUCAUGUGGGUUCAUGUGUCUGAGCACACAAUAAGUGCCUCUGCUCGAGGCCUAUGGGCACCUCACUGUCUCUCUGUCCCUCUGCUGUCCCCUCCAACCCAUCCCCGAAACCCCACCCUCCCAGGUUCCCCGCAUUACACAGCAAAGGCAGAGUCUCAAGUCUCCUGUUUCCCCACCUCUAAUGACCCAAUCUAGUAGGUGACUACCUAGGUAAGGCCUCUGAGACCAUACAGGCCUGGAGGCUAGAAUUAGAGGGGAAGUCUGUCUCAUCCAAAUGGACAGAGACUUCUGUGCUCUUCUCUGUCCUUAGAAGCUGACUUUAUCCAGCAGUCAACCUCCACACAGGUGAAGGACAUGUGCUGGCCAGUAAGUGUGUGAGAUGGUGCUAAAACCUUAUCUAAAACCCAGACCAGCAGCCAUGAGGUUGCGUCCCUUUUCCCUCAGUGCUUUCUCAGACCGUUAUGGCAACUUGAAAGAAGUCAUCUUGUCACAUGAACUGACCACAGACUUGCUCUUGGGAUUCUCUGCCAUGUGACUGUCAUCUCUGCCUAGGCCCCUGUGUGCCCUACCUCAUCUUCACACUGGAUGGUGUCUGAUUCAUGCUCCUCACAGGAUCGUGUUUAUAUUUAGGCUGUAGAGUCCCAGAGUCCUCCAGAAGUUUUGUGCCACUUCCUGCCACCAAAGGUCAGCCUGUCCUGCCCAUUGUGUUUUAAGCUACUUCCUCUGCGGAGAACUCUCCUGUCACUUAGAACUCGAGGACCCCUUUAGGUCCCAGGCUUUUCCAACUUGCCACCUCCAAUGUGGGGGUGGCACAAGCAGAUUAAAUCCCAGUGAAUCUUGUAUACCGUCUGCAUGUAUGAAGAGUCCUGUGGCUGUACUCGACCUUAAGCUUACUGGACAAUUCAAGCAGCCCCUGGAUCUGGUGGCCCACCAGAAAGGCACUGCUAGAUCAGCAGUCCCCACUGACUGGAUCCUUUCCAGGCUGGGCGCUUUAGUAGUAGUUUCUCCUGCUUUGCCCACAGCAAAGCCUCCAGUGGGCUCUGCUUCUGAUGACUGCAAAUUUAUGUUCUUUACUCCUUAGUCAUGACGACCAGAGUGCAGAUCAUUAAAGACCCUAUCACAGCUGCUUUAAAGGGGUAUGAGGUAGGUAGGGCCGGCAACAUUGAUCAGCAGGUGAACUCAAUUGACACAAAAGCCUGAUGUCCUGAAUACCAGAACCCACAUAAAGGUGGGAGAAGAAAACCUACCCAUAAAAGUCGACCUCUAGUCUCCACACGUGCACCAUGGCAUGCAUGUGUCUCCAUACAUGAAUGAGUGUGCAUGCUCAUAAGAAUAAAUCUAAAAAAUGUAAUAAGGGUCGAGAUGAACUAGGGUUCAGAAACUUAAGAUUCCUGGUAGGAAAGAAGCAGGCAUAUCCCUCCAGGGAUAGGCUCAGCUUAAAAUAGGCGGGUGUGCUCUUGGACUCUAGAAAGAUGUAGAGGGAGGAAGAGUGACAAAGGGACUGGGAGUGCCAGAGGCAGCUGAAAUGCUCCCUGAGCUGUGGGACUCCAGAAUGGUGUGACUUUGUGAAGCUUGGGGCUGUUGAGGACCUGAUGGCUUUGGUAGCAGUUCAGACCAGUGUUAAUAACCACACACAGCCACUUGGCAGACAGUGUGUGCUCCACAAGGCUCCCUCUGACUACCUGCAUCAACCUACAUUCUUCCCAAUGCUCCGAUGUCUGUAUCCUAGAAUUUUUGAUGUGGCUGAGCUUUUUCUUGUUAUUUAUUUUGCAUUAUAUUUAUUUUUCUAAAUAUAUAUACAUAUAAAAGAUUUAUUUAUUUAUUUUAUGUAUGUGAGUACACUAACACUUUCUUCAGACACACCAGAAGAGGACAUCAGAUCUGCAUUACAGAUGGUUGUGAGCCACCACAUGGUUGCUGGGAAUUGAGCUCAGGUCCUCUGGAAGAGCAGUCCAUGCUCUUAACCGCUGAGCCAUCUCUCCAGCCCAUGCAUUAUAUUUAUAAUAUAUAUUACAUAUAUGUGGGGUGUAUGCAUGUUCACACGUGUUAGAGCAUGUAGGUGCAGGGCGUGGUUGUAUCUGUAUGUACAUGUGUUAGGAGACCAGAGGUUGACAUGAAGUAUCUUCCUUGAUCACUUUCCAACUUGUAUACUGAGGUCUCUUCUCUUGAACCAAGCACUCACAUAGCUAUCCACCCUACUCCUCUGUCUCUGACCCCUGAGCAUUUGAACUACAGGUUGGCCACCACACCCACCUGGUAUUUACAUGGUGCUGGGGCUCUGAACUCUGAUUCCUCCAAGCCAGCUCCCUAGCCGUUGUGUAGUUAUUUUUACUCUAUAUAUCAGGGCUUCUUCUUUUUUUUUUUUUAAGGUUUAUUUUAUUUAUAUGAGUACACUGGAGCUGUCUUUAGACACACCAGAAGAGGGCAUUGGAUCCCAUUACAGAUGGUUGUGAGCCACCAUGUGGUUGCUGGGAAUUGAACUCAGCAGUCAGUGCUCUUAACCGCUGAGCCAUCUCUCCAGCCCAGGGCUUCUUUUCUUAAUUUAUUAUUUUACGUAUGUAAGUGUCUGCCUACAUGUAUAUCUGUGCACCAUGUAUGUGCCUGGUACCCACAGAGGCCAGAAAAGGGCAUGUGAUUCUCCAGGUCCUGGGGUUAUAGGAGGUGUGCAUCAUCACAUGGUUCUGGAAAUCAAUCUCAGAUCCUCUGGAGGAGCACCAAGUGCUCUUAACCACCAAGCCACCUUCCCAGCCCAUGACACGGCUUUUAAAUUUUUUUUUCUUUUUUCUUUUUUUCGGAGCUGGGGACCGAACCCAGGUCCUUGCGCUUGCUAGACAAGCGCUCUACCACUGAGCUAAAUCCCCAACCCCUAAAUUUUAAAUUUUUAUUUAUUAUUUUUGUUUUGUCUUUUCAAGACAGGGUUUCUCUGUGUAGCCCUGGUUGUCUUAGAUUUGGCUCUGUAGUCCUGAACAGCCUCCUGACAGACAGACAGAAAUCUGUCUGCCUCCUGAGUGCUGGGAUUAAAGAUGUGUCACACCACCACCUGACGUGUGUGUGUGUGUGUGUGUGUGUGUGUGUGUGUGUGUGUGUGUAUGUAUGUAUAUAUGUACGUAUGUAUGUAUGUAUAUAUGUACGUAUGUAUGUAUGUAUAUAUGUAGACAGGGUUAUUCUCUAUAACCCUGGCUGGCCUAGAGUUCAGGCUAGCCUUGAACUCCCAGAGAUCCCAAGUACUGAGAUUAAUGGUGUGUCCCACCAUCCCUGAUCUCACAACUACUUCUUGCCUAAGAAAUGUUUUACAUAUCUGAGGUGUAUAGGUAGGUAAAAUAGGAAUACAAGCCAAGAAUUUACUGACAUUAAAUCACAAACACCUUUUAAAAGUAAUUUUGAUAUAUAUAUAUAUAAUUCUACCAUUUAUUAAAGACAAAAGCAAACUGCAUGCUAAUGAAGUGAAUGUGCUUGAUAAAGAAUCGAAUCUCGGUUAAAUAUUUGUACUAUAGGGAUGUAGAGCACCUCCAGUUUUCAGAAUUUGAUUUCAUAAGCUUUUUAUUUGCUUACAUUAAUUUAUUUAUCGGGUUUAGAACAAUGUGCAUUUCACAGAGGGUGUGUAGAGAUCAGAGGACAACUUUCAGGGUCUGGUUCUCUCCUUGUAACUGUGGGGUCCAGGGAUCAAAGUCAGGUUGUCAGCCUUGGUUUUAAUGCCUUUACCUACUCCGCCAUCUUGAUAACCCCACAUUUUUAUUUCAUAGUAAUGACAUAUGUAUUCUUAGGUCAUGUGCAUCAGCAUUUUCCCUGCAGAUGUCCUGGAACUGGAGUUACAGUUGGGAGCCACCAUGUGGGUGUGUCACAUGGGCACAUACGUGUGAGAUGGCAGAGGUAUAGUUAAAUCAGUUUCAGAAACUGUUAAAAAGUCUGUCUGAAUCCCAAAUAGUAAUUUCUUUUAAUGAUGUUUUAAUGAACCUCAAAUCAAACAUUAUAAGAGAGGAAAAACAGGCAGUGAGCAGUGCACACCCUUCACCCCAGCAUUCCAGCUGAGGAGGCUGGCCAGCUCUCCGAGUUUGAGCCUCACUUGAUCUACAUAGCAAGCUCCAGACUGGCCAAGACCGGUCUCAGAAAGAAAAAAAUCAAUAAUAAUAUUAAUAAUAAUAAUAAUAAUAAUAAUAAUAAUAAUAAAGGUAGACCAAUUUAAUACAUUGAUGGUAGGAAAAAUACUUAAAAUCUUUACUUGUUACUAAACAAUUAUGUUUCUGUAGGAGCAAGAAACUUAGUAGUGAAAGCACAGCCCUUCAUACUGUCCCAAGUUUCAGAUCAGAGCUGAGGUGUUUGAGGCAGCAGCCCUCACACUGUGUGUCAUGAGAGCACAAAUCAUGACAGAAUGCCACGUGCACACAUUGUGAGCUCAGGGCCAAGGCUGUGGUGAAGUAUUCAGAACAACACAGGUGAGCCCUGCCCUGAAUACUUUAGAUUCAUUAGCCAUUUGAUUCUGAAUCAAUUUUGAACAUUGUUGAACGUUUAUAAUAUUGUUGGUCCAGAAACCUUUACGAUUGCCUGAUUUCUGUGAUGUCCCCCCAUGCCACGCCCUUUGGGAACAUGACUGGCAGUUUAAGAAGCUGUGACCUAAUAUAACCCAGAGACUCUGCUGCUGUAAAGCAGAGUAGAAUUGGGAAGGCGUGGACAUGUGAUGCUGAAUGCUAACAGGGCACAGCAUAGUACACAUCCUAACCUUCACCUCGAAGGCUGGGAAGGGAGCUGAAUAAACGACAGAGCUGUUUGGAGGGAGAAAGACCCAAGUGGCUUACAUGGGGGUCUGCACAAUCCAUGCAGUGAGGCCAAAAGACUGGCUCACAGAGCCAGGAAGAGAGUGCAGACAGACUGCUGGCCCAUCCUGUCCUCUGUCCUCUCCUGUUGUCUUCCUCACUCCUGUCUUCUUGACAGGUUGAGUUCUACCCCAUGACCGGCUCUGCAGUCACUCACUCGGCCUGAAUUAGAGCCUCUUGAAUCACAGAGUGCUGCAGAGCCCCUCCCUAUGAGAAAGAAGCACUCGCUUCCAUGCCACUAACCUCCAGCCACAGGGCCACCAUAUGGCAUGUCACUGUUGUACUUGCCUAUGUGCACAAACUAAGAUGUCUCAGAACAUGGCAUAACAAUACCUAAGCCAACAGUCUGUUUGUCCAGCUGUCCAGCAUGGUAUCGGGUAGGUGGAGAUGCUUGUGGGCUGCCUAGGAGCAGCAGUUGAGGGAUCUCCCUGGGUAGCAUGGAGGUCCGGCUGAGCUGGGCCAGGGUUCAACCAUAUGUUCAUUAUUCACAUGCAGCCUAAGUUCAGACAAAGCCUGCAGAUCCCUGAGCGAGAACACAGCUGUAAGAGGGGAGCCAGAGGAAGUGAGCAAGUGAGACUAACCCUGGCCCGGUUUCUCUGAAGGAAGGGAGCUCCUGGUCAGUAAAAAGGCCCCAGGCACCACAUAGCAGAAUGGCUAAGACCCCCAUGUGACCUGGACAUACUACGUUCCUAUCCAGUGCUCUCAAGACUUCUGGGAGCACAGAGCCCUUAGCCCGGAAUUCAGCAUGUCAUGGAAGGGCCCGUGUGCUCAGUCUGCAUCUCAGGCGUCCCAUGGAUGUUUGCAGCCAAAAAGCACAGAGUAAUUCUAACUCUGCGUGUUCUACAAGCAAGAACUCUCGGCUCAAAGCAGGAGGUGACAUGGCCACCACUAGUGAUGUCUGCAAAGGAUAAAGGUGGCCUGUCCUUUUAUCCCCUUUUAUGUCUUUCCCCAAUACCCUAGGCCCCUUCUCAUAAUGAAAUUGUGAGCAAGCCACAUGGUCAUGUGUGCCACAGACUGAUAUGCCCAUGAUGUGCUUUGUAACGUGUCAUUGCUCAGGCAUGAAGGAUGUUUCCCCAGUGCCAUCUGUCCGGAUGGCAGAAUUUGAGCAGCUGCCCCUCUUCAAAGGGUUGAUUUCUAACAUCACUUGAGUUAGAUGGUAGAGCCCUGCAUGAGAGUCUGAAGGCUGGCCACAGGUCUGACUUUAGAUGGUAGCAGGUAACAGACUGUCUUGCAGGCUGGGAUCUAGGUGCACAUGGGUGGGGGCAUUAGGCAUCACUGGCUCUGUAGUCACUGUUGUCUCUGUCUAAGAGCAAGUGUGUGAGCUGAGAUAGAGUGGUCGGCACAAAUGGGAGCAAAGCUCAUGGAGAGGAGCAGAUGAGAGGAAGAGACCAGCAGCAGCCCUCCCUCCAAGCUCCUGGGCACACAGCCAGACAGCCCUACCCCAAGCCAGGGGGUUAGGGACCAGCUUCCCUUAGGAAAUGCUGACUUAUGGCUGCUUUGUUCUAUUGCAUUUCAGUCUCAAUAUGUGUUAGAAUGUGCUAGCAACCAGAAUUGCCCAUCCUGUCUGUUUUCCAAAAUUUUAUCCUGUUAUUUAUUAUCAAGAAGCAUCUCCGGGUUCUCUGUUGUUUGAACAACAGUUGCUGCGCAGAUUCACUGAGGAUCAGCUACCUACAAACGCCAUGUUAAUUACAAGAGGAUUUUCUUUCUCCUUUUGAGACGGGUCUCACUGUGUAGCCCAGGCUGGCCUGGGUCAGCACCCAAGUGCUAGGAUUACAGUCAUCCACCACCGUCCCAGCUUAGGAAACUACUUUGAAAUUGUCUAGGGAUCUUAUGCAGAGCAGCUGACUUGUAGUGGGCACCUCAGACAUAGGUAAGAGGGGAGAUGAGGGGUACUCAGGGCAGGAGCCCAUGGAUGUGGGCAGGAAGGAGGUUAUAGAGGCCCUGUUGGUUCUGCUGGCCUGGCCUCAGAAAUUGGAGAGGGAAGAACAGACGUCUGCACAAGAUGUUCCCGGGCUGACCUUCUGGAGCUCAGGAAGCAGGGAAAUGAAGCAGGAGUGUGCACGUAUUUCGAGGAAUGGCUGAGCCGUUCAGAAACUUUACGGUCUAGAAUGGGCCAGGUCUGGAACUGGUUGUCCUCAGAGCCUAGUGAGAGGUGCUAGGCAAGAGCUCUUGCCUACACCUGGCCCCACCCCAGAAGACCUGAGGCUUCCAGGUCUGGCCAAAGCCACAGCCCACGUGAGAAGCUUAGGGGAGCCUCGAGGUUACUGGCUUUCCUAGUUCAUUAGCCAGAAUGAUCAUAGGAUGCACAGGGAGAGCUCUCUCCACUGACACAUCACAGAGACCCAAGUUCAGAUGUUUGACCUCCCACAAGACACUUGGCUCUCUGAUGUUCAUUCAUCUUUGAUCUUCUUAACAAGGACCCCCUUGCCUGUCCAAGCCUAAGGUAAAAGGCUGAGCUGUCCCAUUGUAAGCUUGGGUGCCUCUGCUCAUGGGGUGGGGAUGGAGGGAUGGUGUUCUCCUGCCUGGUCUGCAAGGCCUCUGUUGGUCAGGAACAGGACUGUGGUUGCAGGGCACAUCGCUCAGGAUUUCCAGGAAGUCCCCUUCACACUGAGAUGUCCACCCACGUCUCAUGCUUUCUAAGGAUCAGCAUCAUCUUCUGACAGCCGCCAUCUGACCUAGAGCCUCCAAGGCAGUUUGUAGGAGACUGGGCACUUGUUAGGCAGACUCUUGACUGUUUUAGGGGGCCAUUACCAGGAAAGAACCACAUGUCAACAGAUGUGUCUUUUAGGUAGCAUCUUCAUAUUUAUGUGACCCUUCUUGUACUCUCAAACCUGCUUGCUAUGAAGUUCUCAACUCCCAGGGUAGUGUAUAGACCCAGAAUGAGAGAGCUGGGAAAGGAAAAGGCCACCAUGGGGUGGGGGAGGUAACACUCUGUCCUUUGCUGCCGUGUGCCUCCUCUGGUCUCCCAGACAUCCCAGCCAGAGUCUCCUGCACUGUCCGAAAGGCCCUAACCCCCUCAGCAGUUACGACAAAACGUGUCUCACACUUGUUGUUUUACUCAUUGGUGAUAUUUCUCUUUAACCAAGGAAAAACUACUCGAUUUGAUUAGGAUACCCAUCUUCCCUGUGAAGGAAGCGACAGGCAGUCUAGGCUCAACAGUGGAACUCUGUAGCUUUUCAGGGUGGGCAGAAGGCUCAGGUUCUCUGCCACCACUCCCAGCAUGGGCACAAUUUCCCCUCACCUAACCAUUGGAAGGUGACAGAAAAAUAAGACUUACGUUUGACGGUGCCUCGGGACUCCUGGAAACCUGCUGAUUCAGAGCCCCAUCCUAGCACCUCACAGUCGUGGGUGUCCACCUGCCCAGUUCGAGUCCCAGGGCUUGUGCCUCCCUUACCCCUGUCCACCAGCCAGCAGGACUUCCACAGCCCCACACUCCGCUUUCGUCCAUCCUCCAGUGUCUGGUACACCCAAUUGGGGGUAAAGGCCGCUGCAUUGUUGAGGAUGAGGGAGACCAGGGCCACCAGCACAGCUGUGGCCACAAGCUUCUGGACAGUCAUAUUUGACUGCCAGUACUGUCUAUCUCGGAGAAAGUCCCAAGUCCCAGUCAGCCGCUGUGCAUCCAGGGAAAGCCAAGAUGCUGCUCGGGGUAGCUAGAGAACAUCACCACUCAUCCUUGGGAAGCUAUGGAGCAGCUCCAACCAGGCACAUGAGGAGGUCGGAGGUACGGGGAGAAGCCCAUGGGACAGGUCCAAGUGAGCUACUCACAGCCCUGGCUUAUCCUCCCUCUUGAGCCUGGAGGAGGGACGAGCCUGUGCUGAAGCUGGUCUCCCUAAGACCCAUUCCAGGGAGAAAUCUGGGGCACCAGCUGCACCAGCGAGAAUCCAGAGUUGUAAGUGGGCCGUCUUCUUUGGAACAGAGGCCAGGGAGGCUGUGUCCACAGUGCUUCUUGCCUACGGCAGGAGAAAACCAGCAGUAGCUCAGGAGGCAGGCACAGCGUGGGAAUCAACUGGGUCACUCUUGAGAACGGGCUGUGGGAGCCGGUCUGAUGGAGGAGCAGGGUUGUGGAAGCAGUGUGGGUUUGGCCACCUCUAUGCUGCCUAUCCUGUCUGGGUACCUCUGCCACAAGUGGCAGGUCCUGAAAAGCAGAGUGCCUGCCACAAGGAGACGUGUGUGUGUGUGUGUGUGUGUGUGUGUGUGUGUGUGUGUGUGUGUGUGUGUGUGCGCACGCGCGCUCGCAUUUCCCUGCCUC